UGAAGUUAUUGAUGUUUGAUGGUUUCUCCUCAGCUAAGAGCCGCUCCAUCGCGCUGCCUCUGGACCUGGAGUCUCAGAUCAGCUCCAUGCUGUCCAGCUCCGCUCUCAACUCUCUGUCUCGCUCCAACCCGAACUACAAGUCCUCGUCCCGCUCCUCCAGACCCGUCGCCCCCAGCAACCCCUGGGACUACAAGAACAUCAUCGAGAAGCUGCAGGACAUGAAAGAGGAGUGCCAGAAGUAUGGCUCCGUGGUGUCUCUGCUCAUCCCCAAAGAGAACCCAGGAAAAGGACAGACACUGGAUCAUCUAAAUGCUCUCUAGCAAACUUCAG